AAAGGAGAAGGUGAGAUCGUACCGAGAGAAGAUUUCUAAAUGGCAAAAUCAAGUAUCUGAGAGAUUGCAAGCUUUGGGUAAGCGUACAGGUGUUGGAAUGUCUGAGAAUAAGAGAACCGUAGCAUCUCCGUCUUCAGCUUCAGUUUCCUCUACAGCGUCAAGGUAUAGAAGAAGUUCAUUACAGAAGACUCCAGUCCCCAGAGGUGGCAUUGCAAUGGCAAGGAACACUAAAGAUGCUGCUGCAAGCCCAAAACCUGUGAAAGAAUCUGGAAAUGUCCAGGAUGAUAAGUUAGUAGAGAUGAUAAACACAACAAUAGUGGAUAGAAGCCCAUCUGUGCAAUGGGAUGAUGUUGCUGGACUCGAUGGAGCUAAACAAGCUUUGUUGGAGAUGGUAAUUUUACCGGCAAAACGAAGAGAUUUAUUCACUGGUCUCCGGAGACCAGCGAGAGGUCUGCUUCUCUUUGGGCCACCUGGCAAUGGAAAAACAAUGCUUGCCAAGGCUGUCGCUUCUGAGUCACAGGCAACUUUUUUCAAUGUCUCAGCAUCUUCUUUGACUUCAAAAUGGGUGGGUGAGGCUGAAAAGCUAGUUAAAACGCUAUUUCAAGUUGCAAUAUCCAGACAACCUUCUGUGAUAUUUAUGGAUGAAAUAGAUAGUAUAAUGUCUACAAGGUCGAUCAGUGAGAAUGAAGCAAGCAGAAGAUUGAAAUCAGAAUUCCUUAUUCAGUUUGAUGGUGUGACUUCUAAUCCGGAUGAUUUGGUGAUUGUCAUUGGAGCUACUAACAAGCCACAGGAGUUGGAUGAUGCAGUACUUAGGAGAUUGGUGAAGAGAAUAUAUGUACCGUUGCCAGAUUCAAAAGUCAGAACACUACUAUUUAAAACUAAACUGAAGAGUCAGCCUCACUCUUUAUCCAGUAGCGAUAUUGGUAAAAUUGUCAGAGAAACCGAAGGAUACUCAGGAAGCGAUCUUCAAGCACUGUGUGAAGAAGCUGCAAUGAUGCCAAUCAGAGAACUCGGUGCAGAUAUUCUUACCAUCCAAGCAAAUAAAGUGAGACCGCUACGAUAUGAUGAUUUUCGGAAAUCGAUGGCAGUGAUCAGACCCAGCUUGAGUAAAAGCAAAUGGGAAGAGCUUGAACGUUGGAACUCAGAGUUUGGCUCUAAUUAAAAUUGUUUCUUGGAUUGUUUGUUUACUGUUGUAAAUUUAUGGUAUGGUGUAAAGCUAAGAAACAAACAGCAGAACAAUUAAGGAAACAAAUAAAAUGUUUCUACUCUUAAAAGAAGAAAACUGAUAUUAAGAUGGGUAAUGUGA